GCUGCCAAGCGGUCGGCGGGAUCCCGCCGCAGAGCAGCCCCAGCCGCGGGGAUGUGCCGGGAAAGCGGGCAGGCGGGUAAGUCGGCGGCGGCCCGCGAGUCGUUGCCGGCGCUCUGAGCUGCCCUUCGGCCGCUGCGGGCCGUGGCGCGUCUCCCUCCCCGUCCCCCGCCUCGGAUGCCCGGCGCCUCUGCCCGCGGCGGUCGCUCCGGCUCUGCAGGGCAACGCGUCUGCCAACAUGCCCGAGCAGAUCAGCGUCUCGGAGUUCGUGGCGGCGACGUCGGAGGACCUCUCCUCGCCGGCCGCGGCCAGCUUCGCCUCCCAGAUGCAGAAGUGCCGGGGCGCGGUGGUGGCGCUGGAAGAGCACACGUGGAGAAUGAAGAACAAUACUCUGAAACUCUAGAAAACUUUGGGAACAACCACUUGUCUCAGAAUAAUCACGAGCUUUCCACUGGCUUCCUGAACUUAGCUGUCUUCACUAGGGAAGUGACGGCCCUCUUCAAGAACCUGGUGCAGAACUUGAACAACAUUGUCUCCUUCCCUCUGGACAGCCUGCUGAAAGGACAGUUUAAAGAGAGCCGCCUGGAUUCCAAGAAGCAGAUUGAAAAGGCCUGGAAGGAUUAUGAGGCCAAAGUAGCCAAGCUGGAGAAGGAGAAGGAGCGAGCCAAGGUCUCCGGAGUCAUUCAGGCUGAGCCGGCGGCAGCGGCGGCAGAGAUGGUGGAAGACCUGCAGAAAGAGCGCCGCACUUUCCAGCUUCAGAUGUGUGAGUACCUUCUAAAAGCCAAUGAAAGCCAAACGAAGCAAGGACCGGACUUCCUGCAGAGCCUCAUCAAGUUCUAUCAUGCGCAACACAAUUUCUUCCAGGAUGGCUGGAAGGCAUCCCAGAAUCUGUACCCAUUCAUUGAGAAGCUGGCGGCCUCCUUACAUGCACUUCACCAAGCAAAGGAAGAAGAGGUAAAGCAGCUCACACGGAUCCGAGAUUCUCUCCGAGGCAUCUUGCAGCUGGAGAACAAAGGGGAAAACCUUAACAGGAAGAAUUCAGGAAGUGGAUACAGUAUCCAUCAACACCAAGGCAAUAAGCAGUACGGGACUGAGAAGUCAGGAUUUCUGCACAAGAAAAGUGAUGGGAUUCGGAAAGUGUGGCAGAAGAGAAAAUGUGGUGUCAAGUAUGGCUAUCUCACCAUCUCACACAGCACGAUAAACCGGCCUCCUGUCAAGCUAAACCUAUUGACUUGCCAAGUGAGGCCUCAUCCUGAGGAUAAAAAGUCAUUUGACCUUGUGACACAUAACCGGACGUACCACUUCCAAGCUGAGGAUGAGCAGGACUGCCUCAUAUGGGUUUCUGUGCUCCAAAACAGCAAGGAUGAAGCUCUCAGCAAUGCUUUCAAGGUGGACCCGGGAGGCUGCAUGUCGUCAGGUGGGGGGCUGGUGGAUAGCAGCUGGCAAGAACUCACCAAGCUCGUUAUCAGUGAGGUGAAGAACAUGCCGGGAAACAGGCAGUGCUGUGACUGUGGAGCCCCAGAUCCCACUUGGCUUUCCACCAACCUCGGCAUCCUGACGUGUAUUGAGUGCUCGGGAAUCCACCGUGAGUUGGGGGUUCACUACUCCCGUAUCCAGUCCCUUACCUUAGAUGUGCUUACGACGUCGGAAUUGCUGCUGGCAAUCAGCAUUGGAAAUGCUAAGUUUAACGAAGUCAUGGAGGCCACCUUGCUGGCAAAAGGUGAUCCGAAGCCCUCCUCAAGCAGCGAUAUGAGUGCCCGGAAGGAAUUUAUCAUGGCAAAGUAUAUGGAACGCAAGUACGUUCACAAAGCUGGCAAGGAGGAGCCUUACCGCCUCUGGGAUGCGAUUCGUAGCAGGGAUCUCUUGGCGCUGCUCCAGGCCUUUGCGGAGGGUCAUGAUCUGGCCAAACCUCUUGCCAGCCCUGAAGGCCAGGAGCAAGGUGAACUGCCUCUGCAUCUGGCUGUUCGCUAUACCAGCAAGUCCUCUCUUCCACUAGUGGAUUUCAUUAUCCAGAAUGGGGGGAAUCUGGACAAACCCACUCCGGAUGGGAACACAGCCCUGCACUGUGGGGCUCAGUACAAUCAGCCCAACUGUCUCAAGCUGCUGCUGAAAGGGAAGGCCUCCGUCCAUGCAGUGAAUGCAGCGGGUGAGACUCCCCUGGAUGUUGCAAGGAAGUACAAGCACACUGAAUGUGAAGAUCUGCUGGAGCAGGCCCAGGCAGGGAAGCUGGCUUUACAGAUGCACGUGGACUAUGACUGGGAAGCCCCUCAGGAGUUCUCCUACGACAGUGAAGAUGACCUGGACGAGAAGGUGAGCCCCCUGCAGUGGUCUUUUGGGUCCUCGUCAUCCCCAACCACAGGGCAGCCUGCCCUCUUCGCUCACAACCGGCGGAGCUGCACAGGCCUGGAUAUCAGUAACAGGACCUAUGAGACCAUCCUUGUCCCCUCCCGGCCUGGUUCACACAAUUCAAACAGUGAGGGGAUCCCUCCGCCGCUACCCGUCAAAAAACCUAUCAGAACGAGUGCGAAGACAAAGCCGGGGCAGAGCUCUGUGGACUCUUCUGAACCUUUACCUCAACAAUCGGAUGUCCCAGAUGUUCGGCAUUCGUCUCUUUUUGGUGCCCCUGGCAUGCUAGAUGGUGGCACGUCCCAGCAUCGUCCUAGUUCCCGUAAUUCUGUCGAAGUCAAAGGCACAGUAUACUGGGAAACCCGCUCAGAAAUGGAAAGUGGAUCCCAACGAAGAAGAUCGGAGCCAAAUCAGAUAGCAGCGCUACAGCCUUCUCCCGGGACAUCCCCUGAUCAAGCGACCCCAGUCAAGUUCAGCUCAGAGUGCACCCGAUCCUACCGUCGCAUCAGUAGUGGCUCAAUGGGCAAAUCCUCUGGCACCCCUCUUUCUCCACAGAGCUUAGGUUGCCCAGAAGAAUUGGCAUCCUCCAAGGCUCCAACAGUGGCACAAACCCCUCCUCCGGUUCCGAUGCCAAGAAGGUUUGCUUCGGCCAAAGGACGGCUGAAGAGAGCCAUGGCUGUGGCUGACUGCAAAGGGGACAAGGCUCGAGAAUUGACUUUCUCCAAGGGGGAGGUGAUUGUGGUGACACGAGAAGAGGAUGAGCAGAGUUGGAUUGGUUUCAUUGAAGGUGAUGGGACACGAACUGGUGUCUUCCCAUCUAGCUUUGUCCACCCAUUGCAAGACUGAUGGGACUUUUGUCCUUCCUGCUUCAGCUGGAGAAGUGGACCAGUUUGCGCCACAGGGGUGUCCACUGGCCCAGUUCCCUGCCCAACCUCCUUUUGACUGCCGACUGUUCCCUGCGUGGCGCCAUGCUCAGUCAGUUCCAUGAGGAUGUCACUGCAAAGAAGUCAUUGGGCCUGCCUUCUUGCUUUUCUUCGAGCUGGACCAGGAAGCUGAUGGAGACUGUGGACCACAAAUGACCCAAGGAUGGGAGACGUCACCUCCAUCAACAUGCCUGAUGACUUGUAGCGAGGCAGUGUUGUCUUGUCUGGAGGCAGAGGCCCCACUACACAAAGCCAUAUAUCCUCCUUUGUCAGGUAUCUUGCUCAGCCUCCAAGAAAAGAAUGCCCAAUGCAGAGUGAAAUCCCAUAGCCCCUAAUGUUCAACUUGACUUUGCAGCAAUAUGUGUUUACACUAUAUAACUACAGCCAAGACGGGUGGAGUUUGCAGCAUAGAGGAGCAUUGCAAUGUGCAGGAAAAGGGUGCUGGAAGACUGGGAGACAAAGGAAUGAUUUCAAAACGGCCGUAACUUCUAUCUUCUCUAUCCCAGAUUGCUGGCUCCAGCUCCCUGUUGCCUAAUCCCAGGGGGCAUUUGUAUGUAUGCUGCAUAACCCCACGUUGUUGCAGAAGAUACCGGGCCUGCCGCUUGGUACAAGGCACUGGCUAAUCGCAUCGGACCUGGCCAUCGUUUGUAGCCCACCGCAUGUAUGUUCUAGACGGUUUUGCUCUGUGCAGCAAGAGAAGGCUGGCUGUGGUGAAGUUUGUUUGUGUGAAAGCUUGCCCACUCCUAGUCUUUUAGUUAUGGUCAAGCACUAAUAAAGUUUGGUCGGCUCUGAGAUCUUGCAGAGAACAGCCCUUAGCAUUGCUCCACUGCUGCACCUACUUCCACCCUUUGGGGUUAUGUUUCUAAAGCACUGGGAGUCAGCUAGAAAGUGUUCCCCGCAAGAGUUUGCUACAAAGGCACCUUUCCCUCACCUGAGUCAAGUUCUUAAAAACUGUCCGAGUCUGCAGAGUGGGUGUUUGAACGAGUGUCAGGAGAAAUCACCUGUGGAGGGUGCCAAUUGGCUAGCAGUCGUGAUGUCACCACACCAAAGCACCCUCUGCUGAAGUCUCCAGGGUAGUUUUGCAACUGUGUUCGAAAGUGUUGAGGUUUCUUUUUUUAAAAGGUGUACAAAUAAACACACACACCACUUAAUAAUAUGAAAAAGGCAGAUGGCUCAUCUGAAGAGAAAGGGGAGGAGCAAAGAUUAUUUUUCUGUACCAGUAUUUAUCUAGCUGGUAUGCCUGUCUGCCAUGCCAACUGCUGUUGUGGGUGAAAAAGUCUCUGACUCUUCUUUAGAUUACUGCCUCUGCCUCCCCCUUCAGAUUUGCCAGUCUGGUUUAACCUGUUUUAAACAGAAGCAAUUUCCUGAGAGCUGUUUUGUUCCCCUUUCCCAGCAUGCAAAAAGUUCAAGCCCAUCUUUGAAUAGUCAGCUUCCUUUUGAGGCAAGCCCUUAUAAGGUUGUUUGAAAGGUACCGAGGAGGGAAAAGUAGUAAUAACGGCGCAGCAGCCAGCUGAGACACUGCCGGCUUCUCAAGAGAAUCAAAGCAGACCUCCGAAGUAGCAAGGCAAAAUAGAACAUCUUUUAAAAUUUUUCUCUCCACCCAGCCCCAGCAAUUUGCACAACCAGAAGCAGAUUAUUUUCCGCAGCCGCCAUCUGAGGAGGGCGUUUCUUUCAGUGUUGUGUAUUCCAGCUGGUUGGGCAGGAGACCAGGUUUAUAAAAGCUGCCUGCUGACUUGAGAAUUGCAAGAGAACAGUCUUUCUUCCCGGAGAAGUUGGAUUUCUCCCAUCUUUGCACACAUGUGUGAUGUAAGAAAACUGGAAAUGACAGUCCUUGGUGCUGCAAGUACAGGGGGGGGGGGGGGGUUGUACUCUGCCCAGCAUGCCUAUGGAACUCAUUGACACAAAAAUGGUAAAGAUUAGAAGUUUACAGCUUUCUUUUUAAAGGAGAAAAACCUGAUCACAUACAAUACUGGUAGGAAUAGUAGUGGAGACUCGACGGAAUAAUUGUGAAAUUAAUUUUCAUGCUCAAAGUAUCUUGAAGACUAAACAGCCAGUAUCUGUAAUUGGUGCGUGACGGAAUCUGUCUUGUGAUGCUAAAUGGAGCUUUACAAACUAUUUCAAGUCUUUUCUUUAAAGACCAGAUUCUAGUCCUUAUGAAUACUGAGAAACCAGAGCAGGGAACCCUUGGGCGCACAUCCUUGAUACUGUGAGGCUCUCCUCCCUCUCUGCUUUCUACCCCUUGGCUGGCCAGCCUGAAGGUUUCCCUGGGAGGCUCCCCAUGCAUCAGCAUGAGCGAAGGAGGAGGUUGUGUCAUCUCGUUCCUCCUUUAGCCCUGGGUUUAUGGUCUCUCAGAGCUAAACUACAAGAGAUGAAUUAUGCAGGGACGCUCACAUGAAGAGUCUUGAAAUGUUAGCCGGGAAGCUGAGUUUUAAAAGAGAUCGGAAGGCUCUUGGAAGGCUCUGUCAAUUUCCCCUCUCUACAGAGCCAGCAAAGAUAGCUCCUCAGAGGGUUUAUUUAUUUCCUCUUUGCCUCCUAGAAGGGGAGGUGAAACUGACAGAGACUUCGGGAGGCAAAGAGGAAAUUAGCAAACCUUCUGAGGAGUGACCUUCCCUGGCUCAUAGAGAGGGGAAAUUGACAAAGCCUUCUGAUCAGCUUCCCGGCUAACAUUGCGACUCCCUUCACAUGCGCAUCCUUGUGUAAUUCGUCUCUUGUAGCUUAGCUCUCAGGCUACAGAGCCACAUGCAGCUUCCUCCCUGGCUUGUGCUUGGAACUUCCCUUUUUGUAGGCCUGUGCUCCCUCCCUCUACCUUAUCCCCAUCUGCCAAUCUCAUGCCUAAGGUUGCCAGCCUCCAGGUAGUGGCUGGAGAUCUCCUGGAAUUGCAACUGAUCUCCAGGCCGCUGGGCUCACUUUCCCUGGAGAAAAGGGCUGCUUUGGAGGGGGGACUCUAUGGGAUUAUACCCUGCUGAGGACCCUUCCCUCCUCAAAUUGUGCCCUCUCCAAGUACCACCCCCCAAAUCUCCAGGAAUUUCUCAACCUGGAGCUGGCAACCCUACUGCUAACAUUUUAGGUACUCUGUGACAACUCCAAACUGCAGCGCCGGAAUUCUGAGAAAAGCUCCUGGGUUCAUGUUCUAGGUAGUUUUUAAAAAUCCAGCCUCUGCAUCAAAAGCUGGCAAAUCAACCUUUUGUCAGUUGUGUAGAAAUGAUUCUAGUGGCUUGGCAUUCUGCUGACCUCUCAGAUGGUAAGGAGCACAGCUUCUGACCAUUGUAGAUCUUGCACAGAGUUUGUACACAUGCAUGCAUGAAACCCAUUGAACAAGCAAAAGCUUUAUACUGACUGAGUCAGCCAACUGGUCUCUUCAUUCCAUAUUUUGUUGCCAGUGAUAAAUUGCUGAAACCAAGGAUGUGUACAUAUUCGGCGUACAAGAGAAUCUGGAGUCUGCUACCAGAUACGUCUUCCAAAGUGUUAUAAAUUCUUCAAGGCUCUUUAAAGUCCCAGUUUCUAGUCCUUAUGAGAAAUACAGGCGAGGGCAGAACUUGAUUAGAACAUUACUCAGUCUAGCAACGUUGAUUCUGCAGCAAAUCCAGGUAACAUCCUUUCGACUGGUACUGAACCUAGGGCCUUCUUCAUACAAGGCAUGCAAUCUCCCACUGAUCCAUAGCCCCUUCCUCUGGUUUCUGAGAUUUCACUCAGUUGACUUCUGUUCAGAUCUUGCCACACCACUGGCUUUUGUGUUGUGUAACAGUUUUAUACCCUGUCCCUACAUAUCCUCUGUCAAUGGUGUUGCCAGCAGACUAGUAUCCUUCUAGGUAUCGUGAGCUCACUGACAAUCCUGACUCCACAUCAAGGAUUAUUGUAUUGCAGGCUCACACCGGUCCUAUCACCCACUCCUGUUUUUAUUUGUAGGCUUGACAGCUCAAGUGAGCUUAAAUUUUUUAACGUGUUGUAGAGGUUUACAAGUUAGCUAAUCCCUAGACGAUGAUACCUUCUCCCCAAACUCUAUUCCAGCUCCACAUUUCUCUAUCUCAAAUGAACGAGGUGUGCCAUUGUCCAUCUUCUUCCACUGCUGCGCAAGAUUGUUCCAAUUUGAGAUUUUCAAGAGCGACAUUCUAUGGAAUGUGUUUUUAAAACGUGUCACCCAUUUGAUUCUUCAAGGUGGUACUGCUAGGUAAUUUUAGACCCUGGCAGGACGGAAAUAGAGAAAGAUGAAUUGGGUCAAUGGAGCUUGUACAUCUAAAUGACAGUCUGGCUUUGUCUCCCCCGCCCCCACCUCCUCCAGGGUGAUUUACGCAUUGGACUUCCAUUCUGAAGUAUGGACUUGACAGAACCACUGGUUAUGUGGUUGUUUUCAUGGACCAAAGCAUGUCAUGUGCUGUCCCAGAGUUUGUUGCUGUAUAUAACAAAAUUGCAUCUUUAAAAAGAAAAACGAUUAGAAGGUGGUCAUGUCAACUGAAAAAAACCCAGAGAAAGUGAUGUAUUCUAAUUUCUAAUAAAAUUGAUCAUUUAAGAAUGGUGA